UCGAAAGCAACUCGAGUUGCGUAUACUUAAAUCAAUUGUCGAGAUUGAACCAUCGGAUGGGCUACGAAUUAAAAAAAAAUUCUUUUAAUGUUAGAAUAACUGAUUUUCCGUUGCAAUUAUAUUUAUCGUUCGAAUUGAAGUGUGGUGUCACAUUCCUUUAGUGUGAUUUGUACGUUGAAUAGACUGUUGUGGAUAUUUUAAUCGAGUUGUGAAGGUUGUCGGAAAAGGAAUGAAAAUGGAUGUAAAAAUUUUUGUUGCAUUUUUUGUGAUUGGAUUAAUUGCGAAGGGUCAUGCUCAACUGUGCUACGUAUGUGAUGAUUGCGCUGACGGAAAUAAGUUACUCGAGGAAUUUUUGAUUUCCUGUUCUGCCGAAGAGACAACCACAGUGGUUGAGCCUAGUUCUACUACUGUUCAAACAGUAGAACCUCCCCUUGAGACGAUACCACCUACGAGUCCACCCGAGGAAAGUUCGACCAGUCAGGAAAUACCAACGACAGUGGAGUCAACUCCACCGCCUACAGAGCCAGUUCCAGAAACUAGUACAGAGCCUCCACCUGAAGAACCGACCACACAAGAAACAAUUCCAUCAACACAAACAACUGGCGAACAAUCAUCAACUUUAUCGACUAUUCCCAUUCCUGAAUCUCCGAUAACUACAACAUCGGUGAUUCCAGCCACAGAAAAUACUAGUGCGCCGCCGACUGAGGGAACCACAGCUACAAAUCCUUCAGCACCGCCCUCGACAACUGAACGACCAGUCGUAACGCCACCAUCUGAAACGUCACGUCUACAGCAACAAACUCCUGUUAAACAAACCGCCUACAACUGUUACGUGCUAGUUAAUGCAACCAACCAUGUUAAUCGAGGAUGUGUGGCAGCGUCUAGAUAUCCUAACGACAUGUGUCGUAUAGCAAAUGGCUUAGUACUUCCAUUAGAAUGUCGAGUUUGCGACACAGAUAAGUGCAACAGUUCGAGUCGAACAAUUCUGUCCGUCUUUUUGUUGGUUUUCUCAAUUGGUACCAUUUCAAGUCUGUAAUUUAGUAGUAGGUUAGAAAAUUUGAAUUUUUAAUUUAUAGCGUGGAUCUUUUGAGUCAAAGGAGUGGCUGCAAUUUUUUGUUACAAAAAAUUAUAAUAAAAUUUGAACAAAUUGUUACA